AUGGGAGCGCGCGCCCGCGCGCCCCCGGGGCUUCCAAAGAGAAGUUGCCGCGCGGCCCCCGGAGGCCUGGGGCAGAGCCCGGGGCCGUCCCUCCGCCAGCGCUUCCUCUCGCCGCGGCCCGGGUGCGGGCUUCCCUGGGCUCGCGGGCCUCCGGACGAUCGGCGCGGCUCCCCGCCCCCACCUCUGUCCCCGCCUCCCCGACCCGCCCUCACCUCUCGGGGCUGCGCGCGAGCUCCGGCGGCCUGGGGACCCGGGUCAGCGGCGCCUCCGGGCCGGGAGGGCGGCGGCGGGCGCAGAGCGGAGCCCGGGGAGUGCCGCCUCUCGGCCCGGUCCCCUGGGAACGCCCCGCCCGAACACGCCCGGGAAGUGAGGCUCUGCCGCGCCGCCUGGCCCGGGGAGGGGGGUGACCUUGCCUCCUCCCGGCGCGGCCCGUCCUCCGUGGGGAGGCCGAGGCGAGCACACCUGGAGCGCAGCAACGCCGUACCUGGGUGA